AUGUAUCCUGGCAGUGGCUCUUCCUACUAUGGAGGAUUCAACCCACCACAACACCAACAACAACCCCUGAUCGGUGGAUAUAACAACCCCUCAACCACAACAACCAACAACAUGAUGAAUUCAUCCUUCUCUAAUUUAAAGCCUUCUCCUUUCUAUACUUCAAAUCCAAGUCCAGUCAUGAUGAACUCGGGAAAUGGAGUCAUGAUGAACCCAUCAUCCAGCACCAUGAUGGUGGGUACAGCCAGUAGUCUUGAACAACAACAAGCACAACGAACCAGACAGCUUCAAGCCGAUUCUGUUAUUAAACGAUUUAAUAAUGCUAAAAUUGUUUCUACCAAUGAUAAUAAUGUGGUUGAUGUUCCAAUCACUCUCAAGAACGGACAACAAUUAACGUUCCGUAUUCUCAUGCAACAAGCUUUCCCACAACAGCCACCACUCAUCACCACCCUCGCAACAAUUAAACAUCAAAAUAUAGAUAAUAAUGGUUAUGUCGUUCAUCAGCAGCUUAGACAGUGGACACCACAAUCAAGUUUAGGAGAUGUACUGUCACUUGUUUUCAGAGAUUUUAUUACUAACCCUCCAAUAAUUGUGAGUUUAGAUGAAUGGCCAAAGAAUCACAUUACCAAAGCGACUAGUGGAUUGACAGGCGGCACCCCUUCGAAUUCGAUCACACCUCCUCCUUCAUCUGUCGUUUACACUCAACCACAGACAUUUGGAACAAACACAAUACCCACUACUAACCCUGUAAUACCUCCUUCAAUGUCAACACCUCCAAUUUCUUCUGUACAAUCUCCUGUUCAAGAUUCAUCGUAUACGAUUCAUUUGCCUCCUGUUCCGACUUCAUUCCCUGAAAUUAGUUUAUUAGAAGGAUCUGAGGCCAUUCAAAAACUUUUAGACAAUCAAGAAGCAUUCGAACAGUUUGUUGAAAAUUUAGCCUUCACACGAGAAUCAAAGAAUAUUUAUCAAGAUUUGAGAAAUGCUAACAUGGAAAUUGCAAAGAGAAAUGUUUUAAAGGAUGAGCAAUUAAAUAUCACAAAAGAAUCUAUUAAUCAAAAGAAGGUGGAAGUUGACAAGAUUUUAGAACAAGUUCAAAUGUUACAAACAAAACAACAACAGCUCUCACAAAGAUAUGCUCCACCUCAAUUACUUGUAUUGUUGAACGAAAAGAUUGAUCAAAGUGAUACAGAAAGCGAAGAGUUAGGAGAAGCCUUUUUGAAUUCCAGAGAAGUUACUGAUCCACAACAAAUCAAACAAUUCAUCGACACCUACAUUGAAAAGAGAUCACUUUAUUACUUGAGAAAGCAAAAAAGAGAUCGAUUUAGAGAUACCUACUGCAAACAAUAA